AUGCGCGCACCGUCUCCGCUCCUGCGGAGCUUGAGCUCCAAAACAUCGCUAUCGCUGCCUUACUCGCGACGGCUGCUCACCCCUCGUUUUCCAAUUGCAGUCUCCUCUAAAACAUCUCUCAGGACAGUUGCAAGCUAUACGCAUCCGCAUCAUGCCUCGGCCAUAUCGGUUCUGCCCACCGCGGUGGACACGUCCUCGCCGGAUUUCAAGGAGAAUGCCGAGCAGAUGAAGGAGCUCGUGGAUCGGAUGAGCAAUCUACAUGGCACCAUCUCACAGGGCGGGCCACAAAAAGCAAAAGAUAAGCACAUUGCCAGAGGCAAAAUGCUCCCUCGAGAUCGGGUGACAGCCCUGAUCGAUCCGGGCACAUCGUUCCUGGAGCUUUCCCCGCUGGCCGGCCACGAGGUGUACCCAGGCGAAGACGUUCCCGCCGGUGGCAUUAUUACUGGAAUCGGAACCGUCGAAGGUGUAACAUGUAUGAUCGUGGCCAAUGACAGCACUGUCAAGGGAGGCACGUACUACCCCAUCACGGUGAAGAAGCAUCUCCGAGCACAAGCAAUCGCUCAAGAGAACAAACUCCCCUGCCUCUACCUCGUGGACUCCGGCGGUGCCAACCUUCCCCAUCAAGCCGACGUGUUCCCAGACAAGGAGCACUUCGGCCGCAUCUUUUUCAACCAAGCCCGGAUGAGCUCAAUGGGUAUCCCGCAGAUCUCCGUGGUGAUGGGCCCCUGCACAGCAGGAGGUGCCUACGUCCCAGCCAUGAGCGACGAGACUAUCAUCGUCGAGAACCAAGGCACCAUUUUCCUGGCAGGUCCUCCCCUCGUCAAAGCCGCCACAGGUGAAGAAGUCUCCGCCGAAGACCUAGGCGGCGGCCAACUGCACAGCACCAUCUCUGGCGUAACAGACUACCUCGCUGUGGACGACGCCCACGCCCUCAUUCUUGCCCGCAGAUCCAUCUCCAACCUCAACUACCCCAAAACCAGCGUGCCCCUCCAGCUCGACGAUAGCACCAUCAAAGAACCUCUCUACGACCCCAACGACCUAAACGGCAUCGUCGGCACCAACCUCCGCCGCCAGAUCCCCGUCCACGAAGUCAUCGCCCGCAUCGUCGACGGCAGCGAAUUCGCCGAAUUCAAACGCGACUACGGCACCACCCUUGUCACGGGCUUCGCCCGCAUCUACGGCCACCAAGUUGGCAUCGUCGCUAACAAUGGCAUCCUCUUCUCCGAAUCCUCGCUGAAGGGAGCCCACUUCAUCGAGCUCUGCGCCCAGCGCAACAUCCCCCUCAUCUUCCUCCAGAACAUCUCCGGCUUCAUGUUCACCGUCGUCUUUGGCUCCAGCGCCGGCGCAGGCAACUACGGCAUGUGCGGCCGUGCCUACUCUCCGCGCCUGAUGUUCAUGUGGCCCAACGCCAAAAUCGGGGUCAUGGGCUCUGAGCAACUCUCCUCAGUGAUGGAAGCAGUUGGACGCACCGCAGACCCAGCCCUCAAAGCUCGCAUCGACCACGAGUCCGAGGCGAUUUUCUCAUCCGCCCGACUCUGGGACGACGGAGUCAUUCCGCCUGCGCAAACGAGACGUGUACUUGGAUUGAGUUUGGCGGCGUCGUUGGGUGGAAGGGUUGAUAAGGACGUGCAGACGCGAUUUGGUGUUUUCCGGAUGUAG